GGGGUUUGCUAGGAUUAAUUGUAGGUGUUCGAAUUUUUGUACUAUUUAAAAAAAAAAAAUUAAAAGAAUCUGUCGAGGAUGAAGGAUCAUUUCGUGUUGCUGGUUGAUCGUUUGCUCACUGAAUCCUCAAUCGAGGAUGUCAUUAAGAGCCAAAAUGAUAGAAUGCAUGAUCCGGGGAAUUCAGAAAAUGAUGAGGAAAUGGCUUCUCACAGGAUGGAUCUCACAUUAUUGCCAAAGAAACUUGCACAAUGCAGGAUCUGCCAUGAUGAAGAUGAAGACUUGAACAUGGAGACUCCGUGUGCUUGUUGUGGCAGCUUAAAGUAUGCACAUCGCAAAUGUGUUCAACGCUGGUGCAACGAGAAGGGAAACACCGUAUGUGAGAUUUGCCUCCAGUCAUUCAAGCCUGAUUAUACGUCACCACCUCCGUUAUAUCAAUGUGAUGGCAUUCCGACAGAUUUCAGGGGAAAUUGGGAGAUUUCUCGUACAGAUCUCCACAAUUUGCGGUUUUCAGCAAUGGUUUCUGCUACUCAUGAUGAGCCCGACUUUGAUGAGUAUACAACUCCUAGUUCAACAAGCUUGAUUUGUUGUCGUGUGGUUGCUAUACUUUUUAUGACUCUUCUCGUGUUGCGCCAUACUUUACCAAUUGUUGUCAAUGGCACAGGGGGAUACACUAUUACAGUGUUCACGUUGAUCAUGUUAAGAUUCAUCAGUGUUCUACUCCCAGUAUACAUCAUAGUUAGAGCUUUUGCUAUUGUUCAACGUCGCCAGCAACCACAGAAUCUUGGGUACAUCCCUUCAGAAGAACAGAACAAUCUUGCACAAUCGCCUACUUAUUUACCUCUUGUUCAUAUACAUUGAACUCGAUGUUAUGGAUUUCUAAAACGCUAAACCUUAAACACCGAGUACAAAGUUUAGUUGUAUAGACAGUUGACUAGACAUUUUAGGAGGA